AUGAUCGUCUUGGCUUUGGUCGCAUCUGGCAGCGACGUCUUAACCGAGUCACACGACCCUGCGCACGAGCGAUUUCUGGUACGUGCUAUGUGCUACGUCCCGUCUAGUUGGGGUUCGCAGAUGCUGUUGGAUGCAUGCUGACUGGAUAAAUGGCUCUCUUGCAGACCGCAGCGGACACGAUCCUGGCAAGAAUUCCUGCUAGCUCAGAAUCGAGUGGUGGAGGUGCACAAAGAUUGACGUACACAUACGAGAGCUGGCUAUUUCACUACCUGAGCCAGGAUGGCCUCACGUAUUUGUGCUGCGCGGAUCACGAGAGUGGCAGAAGGCUUCCCUUUGCCCUGCUCUCAGAGGUGCAGAAAGAGGUGAGCGUUUGUAUGCAGCUACUCCCUGCUUCGCGCUGCUUGCUCACAAGAAGGUUCGCUUGGUCUACGCAGUUUCUGGCCACUUUCGACGCACCUUUGCUUGACUCGCCGGCACCAAGCGACUUCCAUCCUUUCGACUCCAAGCUGACUCAACUCUUGAAACGAUUCAACGAUGCGCCAGACUCGGAUCCCGUGAAAGCUGCUCAAGCAGAGUUGGCAGGCGUCAAGGAUAUCAUGACCAAGAACAUUGAACAAAUUCUCAAUCGUGGAGAGACGCUGGAGUUCUUGAUGAACAGGACAGACAAUGCGGCUCAGCACAGCAUGGCAUUCAGGCGGAGAGCCGUUGGUGUGCGGAGAAAUAUGUGGUGGAAAAACGUUAAAAUUAUGCUCCUGGCUGCGAUGUUCGCCUUGGUGAGUUGAUCGUUCCCUCUGCCCGAGCUUGUCUCAUCGCUCAGGUUACUUUGCCUCUGCACGUUCAGGUGCUCAUAUCAGCAAUCGCUCUGUCUAUCUACAAUCCUUUUCGAUAA